UCGCUGUACCUUUUUGUUACCUAGUGGGGGGUCCGAGUGCAGUAGGUUUUUUUCUUACGAUUAUAUUUUUGACAUCAUAAUUCUUUUACAGAUUUGGAAUAGUUUUAGUUGUAGUUUAGAAAGCGACUUUUGUUUGCUCAAAAAAAACCAACAAAACCCUCCAACUCAUUUUAUGCUAGAAGCGCGCUGAGACUGCGAUGAGGAGAGAUAGCUCCGUGUCACAGCCACUGUGUUUUUAUUGAUGUCGGCGGCGACACUGGGUUACAGUCGCGUUUUGGCAAUUUAGUAAAUAACCAAGACUCGUGCAGGGAAAAAAGCACUAGAUAUCAAAAAUGGCACGGCAGUGGCACUUUAUUUUAGCAUUAUUUUUAUUUCCCGCGGUGUAUAGUUUGGAUUUCGGCGGAACUAGGGUGUCGCGUACCGCGCACUCUCUUCACAUGAACGCAGCGGGUAAGAUCAGGUCCGCGGUGGAGUCUUCACAUCAGCAUACCAUAAAAAAGAGAAGCGCAGAUGACGGAGGAGACACCUGUAAGGGUCUACAGGGAUACAACGACAAAUUAUCCAACAACACUCACAUUAGCACAUUUAAUGAUCUCAGUGGAUCAGUGGCUUUGGCCUGGAUAGGAGAUGGAACAGGGGUUGUGCUGGCCUUGACUACAUUUCAGAUGCCCAUUUUCUUGCUACGAUUUGGCCAGUCCAGACUUUACCGGAGCGAGGACUAUGGAAAGACAUUCGAGGACGUCACAUACCUUAUUAACAACACGUUUAUCAGCACUGAGUUUGGGAUAGCCAUUGGCCCUGAGAAUUCUGGGAAGGUGAUCCUUACAGGAGAUGUGUCUGGAAGCAGUGGAUCCAGGAUCUUCCUGUCCAGUGACUUUGGGAAAAGCUUUAGUUCGUUGGACCUGCCUUUCAACCCUCGCAUGCAGAUUAUGUAUAACCCCGAAAAUUCCAAUAUCCUUGUGGCCAUCAGUCUCAAGAAUGAGCUCUGGAUUUCAGGGAAUUUUGCUGCGACAUGGAAGAAAAUCUACGAGGCUGUGUGUGUGGUGAAAUGGGGAGAAGACAAUACACUCUUCUUUUCCACCAACCUGAAUGGAUCCUGCUAUGACAGGGGGCAGCUCGUCCUGAUGAAAUCAGUAGACCAUGGAGAGACAUUUAAGACAAUAGCUGAAAAGAUCUACUCCUUUGGGAUUGGUGGCCGUUUCCUCUUCGCCUCAGUCAUGACUGGAACAGGAAUGAUGCGGAUGAUCCAUGUGUCCACAGACCAGGGUGAGGAGUGGAACAUAGCUCAGCUUCCUCCUGUAGGUCAUGAGCAGUUCUACUCUAUACUGGCAGCCAAUGACGAAAUGGUCUUUAUGCAUGUAGAUGAACCCGGGGACAGUGGCUUUGGUACCAUCUAUGUGUCAGACGACAGGGGCAUGGUGUACUCCAAAUCUCUAGAGCGCCACCUCUACACGGCUACAGGAGGCGACAACGACUUCACAAAUGUCACAUCACUCCGAGGAGUGUACAUGGCCAGUGUACUAGCUGAAGACGACUCUGUGCAGACCGUGGUGACGUUCGAUCAGGGAGGCGAGUGGGUGCCCUUGAAGAAACCAGAGAACAGCCAGUGUGAUUCCACAGCUAAAGAUACAAAUAAGUGUAGUCUUCAUAUUCAUGCUUCUUACAGCAUCUCCAUGAAGCUGAAUGUUCCAAUGCUGCCUCUGACUGAGCCUAAUGCGGUGGGACUGAUAAUUGCUCAUGGCAGCGUCGGCGAUGCCAUCUCAGUGCUGACUCCCGAUGUAUACGUGUCUGACGAUGGUGGCUACACAUGGCUGCGCGCUCUCAAGGGCCCCCAUCACUAUGCGAUCCUGGACUCAGGAGGUUUGCUGGUGGCCGUGGAGCACAAUCCCAAUGUGCCAAUUUCUGAGAUCAAAUUUUCCACAGAUGAGGGCCAGUGCUGGCAUGUGUACAACUUCACCGAGGAGAAAAUAUACUUCACUGGGCUCGCCUCGGAGCCGGGGGCUCACUCCAUGAAUGUUAGCAUUUGGGGCUACAGAGAUUCCCUGCUAAGCCAGUACUGGGUCUCCAUCACCAUCGACUUCAAAGAGCUGCUCACUCGUGACUGUGAUGAUAACGACUAUGUGCAGUGGCUGGCACAUUCAGAUGACAUCAGCGAUCCUACUGAUGGCUGCAUGCUGGGUUAUAAGGAGCGUUUUCUGAGGCUCAAGAAGGACUCUGUGUGUUGGAACGGACGUGAUUAUGUCAUCACCAAGCAGCCCACGCCUUGUACCUGCACACUAGAUGACUUCCUUUGUGACUUUGGAUAUUACCGUAAAGAGAACAGCUCAGAGUGUUUGGAGCAGCUUGAGCUCAAAGGCCAUGAUCUAGAGUUCUGCAUCCAUGGCAAGAAGGAACACCUACAGACCAACGGGUAUCGGAAGAUUCCAGGAGAUAAGUGUGAGGGUGGCCAAAACAUUGAACGAAAAGUGACUGAUAUGAGGAAAAAAUGUGUCAGCGAUCUACUGGAUCCACAACUGCAGACUCAGGAAGCAGAGAAACCCAAGCACUCUGCCGUUAUUAUCGUGGCGGUCAUCGCCGUCCUGCUGAUCGGUUGUGUAGCUGGGGCUCUUUUUGUGAAGAAGUACGUCUGUGGUGGAAGAUUCCUGGUGCACAGGUACUCAGUCCUGCAGCACAACGCCGAGGCUAAUGGCAUAGAUGGAUUAGACGAGCCUUUGGAUACGAACGUGGUAACCCCACACCCAAAGGUCAGCUUCCACGAGGACUCGGAUGAGGACCUUCUGGAAUAACAACAGUGAGUCAGCACCAGCAGAAACUGGGAGCUCUCUGUCUCCUUUAAUGCCUCAGGCAUCUUUGCUGCUGUUUCUAUUCCUGCUCUAAAGCACAACCCAGCCUCGAGUGUCUUCAAGCCUCGAAUAACUUCGCUCUAGUUCCUGCUUCUUUAGUAGGAGUGAAUUGCAGUUUUGUUACAAAAGCAUCUCAUGAAUUUAGCUGUGCAGCCAGUGGUUAAAUGACUUGAGCUAAGAUAAUCUCUUGCCUAGGGAGCAGGCUCCAUAAGAGGACACUAUCUCAGAAUUAACAGCGGGGUAUUUGUCGUGGCACUUAACUCUUAUACAGAAUGCUUCAUCUUCUUUAGUAAUAUAUGCAGUUCAGAAUCAGUGUGGCCAAGUGUAGUGUAUGAAGUUAGUCCAGGGAUAACAGUGAAUCAUAUCGCCUCAAGAUUGGACAGAAGCAUGAAAUAUGACUGUGAUAUUAGAUAUAUUUUUGAUAUUAGAUGUUUUUCCCCACCUCUGUUAUUUGAAUAUAUGAUCCUAUCAAAUAUAGAAGGUUUAUCAAGUUGAAUCACGUUGAUCAGAAAGCAAUACGAUGCAUAGAUACAGCGCAUCUGCAUGUAUCAGCAUACUCAUAGGCCAUACUUUUCUCCAUUUCUCAAAAAUGGGGAAAGGACUAAUUUAGUUUACUUCGAAUAAUGCUACUGUGUAGACGGUCAUUAUAAUACUCCUUGUGGCUGUAUAGAUUAUAGACCCGUCAUUUAGAAGGUUAACUUAUUUUACCCAGUGGAAGGGAAGAAUUUAAACAUGGACUUGUGUAAAGAAACGUGGUGGUUGUAUGUGUAAGUAUACUGUAUAUGUCCUGAGAUAGUUUUAUAGAAGACAAUAAUUUUGUGACGUUUUUGUGAUGCUCAGCAGUUUUUGCACUGUGAAAUAGAAAACACAAGGUAACACAAGGCCGACGGCUGCUUUUGUAAAAACGUCCAGUUGCAAGCACAAACCUGACUUUCCAAAGCCCUGCUUCUAGACGGGAGUCAUAAAAAGUGUAAAUGUUCUAUCAGGGUAAACGUGAAGGAAACUCGUCGUUACACUCGAAGGUAGCACAAAUAUAAUGUCUGACUUUUCCACAUUUUGAGUUUGUAUACUCAGGUGAAAUUACCAGUAAUUCCAAAAAAAUUUAGCAAUACCUUGUAUUAUGAGUAGCUGACCGUGAGAUGUGAGAUUAACGAAUGCAGACCUGCCCCAUUGUGUUUAACUCACGACGAUGAAAGAUUUCUCCCUCUCUGUAACAACCCAGGCUAAAGCUUUCGUGAUUUUUUUUUCUUCUUCUUUCUAAGUCUGACUAUUCAAAUCAGUAGAACGUGACGCCUUUUCAGAACUUACAGACCUAGUUCAUUCAGUGUUUGUUUGGUAGAUUUUAGCUGCAGUAUAACAAAACCGUUCUGUCACCUGCCUAUUUUUGGUGACCCUUGGUGAUUCCUUAAAUGAAUGCUUUGUAGUUAGCCGUUUUCUUUAGUAUUUACAAAGCUGAAAGAUAACUACAAUAUCUUCUUUAUAUAUAUAUAUAUAUAUAUAUAUAUAUAUAUAUAUAUAUAUAUAUAUAUAUAUAUAUAUAUAUAUAUAUAUUACACGACAGUUCAUUCUCAGUUACACAGAUAUUAAGAGAAGUAAUAAUGGUGUGUAUGUUCAUUCAAGUGCCUAACGUGAAGGUAUGUUUACCUUCAGACAAAUAACUAUUAAGCCCAUCUUGUUAAAUAAUUAACUGUAAGGAGGCGGAUUGUUGUCUCUUUAAUCAUUUACUCAGUAGUCGGAGGUGUUGGAACGGAUUAAUAUGUCGCUUGAUUUCUCUCCGUAAGGAUCAUGCGUGAAAACUGAAGGAUUCUCAUGAGGUUGAGUUUGAUCUGUUACAAACAACUGGGGCUUAACAGUUUGUGAUUUUUGGAAAUCUAUAUAUUUUCCUUUUCUCUGUUGUGUUUUAGAUUUCAUUUUAAACAUGUACUUCUAUGCAUGCUAUCUUAGCAAAUAGGUCACAUCGCACUCGGGUGGCGUUCGGGGUUAAAACUUGAGAGGACGGCAGCAGCACAAAGACUACAUGGGUUUCCUACUUGAAGUAAAAAUGUUUUGCUUUCUGGGUUGUAAUACUUUUCUUGCCUUUGAUAAUCAAUGUAAAUACCAUGAAGCUGGCUUUGUAAAUAUAAAACUGCAAUACCUUUGUAUUGGCCAUUUUUGCUCUGUAUAUCUGAAAUAAAUAGACUCCACCCCA